UCUCUCUCUCUCUUGCGCAUUCAAGAAGCGAGGCCACCCCUUCGUACCUUGCUUUCUCUCUCCUCUUUCUCCCUCUUCCCUCCUCUGGAAAGGAGAAGGAAAAGAGACCCUGCAUUCUUCCAACCCUUCUCUUCACUAUCUGAUAUCUCCUGCGUUUGUGAUCUUCUUGUUCUGUGCGCCCAAGAAGAUGGAGUUUAGGCUCUGGCUGGUCUGCCUCCUCCUGGCCAUGGCCGCCGUUGCCGAGUCCCUCCCCCUUGACUACUCGACCAUCGGCCUUGGGUGCCGCCCCGCGCUCGGGGAGUGCAAUGGGUUCUAUGGUGGCCCGGAGAUGGACUCCGAGAUCAACCGGCGGCUGCUGGCGGCGAACCGGCGGUACAUCAGCUACGGGGCGAUGAAGAGGAACACGAUCCCGUGCAGUCGCCGCGGCCAUUCGUACUACGACUGCACCAGGUCGAAGAAGGCCAACCCUUACAAGCGCGGGUGCAGCGCCAUCACGCGGUGCAAAAGGUCCACUAACUAAAGAGAGAAAAACGUAUCAAGCAAAAAACAGGAGGACAUAUAUAUCGAGUGCGUUGAUAAAUUAAUAUUUGGCUAAAUGAAUUUGGAUACAUUAUGUCGCGUUUUGCUGGCUUUUUCUCUCCAUGUUCCUUCUGAGUUAUAAAUGAUGGGUCGUCUCUCUCUCUCUCUCUCUCUUUUUAUAAAUUUUAAUUUUUCGGGGUUAUGAAUAAACCCUAAUUUAUUAUCUAUGAGGUGGGGGGUUGGCGGAUGUUGUUGUUCAUGGUCCUUUGGGCAUCUUGUCCAAUUGAUCUUAUGUUGUCUCAAUGCUGUGUACGUACUUAUGUGGAGGAAAUAAUAUGGCCAGAAGCCUAGAAAUAUUGGGUGUAA